AUGCAGUUGUUGUUAAACGCUCAAGUAGUGGUGUGGUUAUUCAUUGCCACUGCAUGGGGUAGAGAAUUACAAGGUGGUUUUAUUGUUGACUGGGGUUCCCAAAAUGUUGGAAAUGGUGAUGUCAGCCUUUAUUCUAAAUCUAUAUGGUCCAUCAUCAACAAUGCUGCAACAGAUUUUCAUGGAAACAUCAAAGUUGAUGCCACGUCUGGUCUUUACGUGUCUACUGUUUCACCACAAGUGUCUUUGUCUGCUACCUUGUAUGAUCUGAUUUACAGUUUUGUGAACGAUGGUAUUGUCUCCUUUAAUGCAAUUAGAGGUGCUCCAGGAUAUAUAUUCAGAAUUAUGGGUGACAAGUUUUUAAAUAAUGGGGAUUUGUACUUUGCUGCUUCUGGUGUUGGCUCUGCUGAGAGUGCUAUAAAGGGAUCAGAUUGGCACAACAAUGGGUUAAUUCACAUUUAUCAACAAAUGAAGAGUGAUAGUUACACCUACUUGGGUUACGAUGGAAAAACAAUGGUCAAUAAUGGACAAAUUUGUUUCACCAAUCAAAACUGGAAACAGCUUACCGGUAUGUUGGGAUCGGGUUGUGUUACUGCUCAAGAGAAAGCUUCAUUCUACUUUAUGAAUACCGAUUUACAAAUCUCCGAGGGUGAGAUCUUUUACUUGAGUGGUGGUGAGACAUCGAUUAUGGCAGUUGGGUCUAUUAAUAGACCCCAAACUUUCCACGUUAGAGGUUUCGGAACAUACAACGGUAUGGCUAACAAAAUUGGAUUAACGGCGACUUUAUCCUCUCCAGCUUCAGGAAAAGCUCCAUGGGCAUACGAUGCUGAAAAAGGUAUCUUGACAUUGUAUGUUGGAUCAUAUUCACAAAACUUUGAAAUUGGUACUGGAUAUGACAUUACCAAGUUCCGGAUUGUCAGUGACACCAGUAGAGGACUACCAGGUAUCAAUUUAGGUGCAGUACAGUAUAACGGUGCUCCACCAAACCUAGGCGUUCCUGCAGAGUGCAAACCAUGUAAGGCAGUACCGGGUAUUCCAGGAGUUGACAAACCACCAGCAACAACUUACGAAAUAGACACAGCUACAAUCAAGCCAAGUGAUGUACCAAACAAGUCGACUGUGGCACCCUACACUUCUUCAAAGGCAAGCCAUGGACUCGUUAAAACCGUAACUGUUUUUUCCACAGACAUUGUCAUGGCCACAUCAACUUUCACAAUCACCAGUACAGUUACUCCUUGA